AUGAUAACAACUAGUGAUCCUGAUAUCUCUAACGAAUGUGGCGCAAUGACAACGAAAAUAAUCGCCAAAACAACAACUUCUAGUUAUUUUCAGCACACUUCUUCUGACAAAUCUUUGAAUGCUCUUCUACGUAACUUCUCACUUAUUUGCUUGAAUAAAGACGUUAAAGCUAUUAAACGUCGUUUGCAGAAUGUUACUAACGAUUUAGAAAUAUUCAUGAAUCCUUUCGAAUGUGUAUCGUAUAUAGUAAAAGCUCGUGAAAAGGAAUUAAUCAUUAUUGUGUCACAACCAUUAACAGAGCAUUUUAUUCCGCUGAUUCAUGAUCUUAUUCAAGUGAUAUACAUCUAUAUUUUACACACGAACAAAAGUUUUGAUGAUGAAUUCACUAGUAAUAAACGAUAUUCUAAAAUUCGCGGAAGUUUUAUGGGACAUGAUAUUAUUAUUUCUAAACUAAUCGAUGACUUACAUUUAUUAUCUAAUCUUCCUUUACGACAGCCUUUUACACAGACUGACACAAGUAUUAACUUCUACAUGACCUCAGAACAAGGUUAUUCAUUACGAACAUUGACCAAGGAACAAACACAUUUUGUAUCAUUUCAAUUGCUUAUCGAUGUUAUAUUAUCCAAAUCCGAAACAGACUGUCUUUUUGAUAAGACUAAUGCAUUAAAACUGUACCAGGUGCUUUCUAUAGACGAUCAAACUAUACUUGAUAAUAUUCAUGAAUUUGAACAAACAUGCAGUGCUGAUGAUGUAAUUGAUUUUUUUCUAACAAACAAUUAUAUCAAGGAAACAUUGAAUAAAUCGCUUCGAACGGAAAACAUACAACAGAUAUGUAUAUUUUGGUUUUAUAUUAACGAGUUAUGUAAUCAGUUAACCGGUCUCUAUGUCAGGAGGCCAGCGACAGUCU